GCAAACAACGUGCGCUUUCUGGUCCCUCCGUCAUUCUCCUUGUCUCUCUCCUUGUCCUUGAGCUCCCGUCCAACACAAACCUCAUUCACAUGUGCUUGCGUUGAUAAUGAAGAUGCACCAACUAACCAGGCCAAGCCCAGAGUAGUAGCACUUUAGUUUUUACAAAGGCGCGGAGACUUCCUUUCUUCGCUCGUGUCGACAGGGGUUGGUUGCUGGGCACCGUGGGGUAGCGAGUGUCAGUCUAUUGCGAUUGCGCAAGCUGCGAUCUGAGAUUGAGUUUUGGGCGCAUGGGUGAGGGCAGUGUGGAAGCGUCGAGACAAAAAGCGAGAUGCUAAGAAUAGUCUGCAAUAUGUUUUGUAUCCACCCACUUUUCUCCCCUCCGAUCACGUCACUUUCCCAAUCUAUAUUGUCUCAGGGUGCCUGGUGUUGGCUGUUCGUUUACACACCUCGCGGUUUGAUUCUUUGUUCUGGUUAAGUUGCGGCUUGGUGUUUCGGCAGGGAGUUUGGAGGUUAGCGAGAGAGGUGUGUGUGUGCUUGUGUUGGAGACGGUGGUGUUGCUCCCCCACAUUCAUGACGCGGUGUUGUGGGGCGGUAGCGUUGAGCCGGAGCGUGGACGGUGAGGGGUGAGUGCCAGGGGACGAGGCGUGAGAUCCUCGUAGGGUUGGGUUGGGUUGGGUUGUGGAGAGUGGAGGGUUGGAAGUGAGAGUGCCGGGGGACCAUGGCUAGGGAUGCUGUCGCAGUUGACUUCAUGGGGAUAGGGGAACGCAGGGGUGGUGUUAGUUAUGACGACAACGAGGAGAGAGUGCGUCUCGUGAGGCCUGUUCCCACUGUGCCAGAGGAUCGCCAGGGGCAGUCGAGGACAUGGCCCGGUGCUGAAGAAUGGCGGAACCCCGGAGACAGAGAUGCCAGUCCCUUCACUCAAAGGCUUCCUGCCUUACAUCGGAGUCCCUGGAGCCGACUGCCUAUUGCAUCCAGAUUUCAGUCAGACGAGGAAAACUCAAGCAAAGCUAUGGUCUCGCCCAAACGGGAAAAAGAUUUGAAAGAAGGCCUACCGACUGGACAUCAGCAAUCUUUCUCGGCGUGGGACAACUCGACCCCAGGAAACCCGUCUUAUCAUCCUACGGGUUCCUCAAGCCGAUACGAAGAGUUUGUUCGGAUGCAGCAGCAUUUGCAAGCUCGAAAGGCAGCGGUCAUGCACGCUGACCAUCAACAGGCGCCACGGUGUGUGCAGAACGCAGGUGCCCGAACUUCGCCGUUCAGAGAUGAAGCUCAGCGAGGUGCUCAACCAUCGGAUCGCUUAGGUCCAGAGCACCUCACAACGCAGCCUCACGCACCCUCAAACCAAAGUGGACUGGGGAGUCCAGGACCAUUUCAUGGCAGGGGGUCCGGAACUGCGUUUACCGGCAGAAGAAUCCCAUUCCAAGCCGGAAACCUAUCGAACCAUGUAGUGAGGCGUGGUGGAACUGGCGCGAAGCCUCGCACAGCACAGCUCACCAUUUUUUAUGCAGGCAUGGUGAACGUCUAUGAUGACGUGCCUUUUGAUAAGGCUCAAGCUAUCAUGCUUUUAGCUGGCAGUGGAAGCACAUGGUCUUCCAACAAUAUGGGCCAUCGUGGAAGUGGUCCUGCACGUCCAUUUUCUGCUCCCACGGCAGUGCCUCAGCCCACACCGUCUACACCUGGAUCACCUGCCCCACAAGGUUCCACCACUUCGGCCGCCGGAUCGUUACGGCCUGUCAUACCAGGAGUGAUGUUUUCGAGUGUGCGACAACCACCUGUAGCUAAUGUUGAGCUGCCUCAGGCAAGGAAGGCUUCACUCGCUCGAUUUCUUGAGAAAAGAAAAGACAGAGUACGCAAAGUUCCUGUCAAGGCGGAAGGAGAAACAUCUCCCUCUCGUGACAAAUCUCCGACUCCCUCAUGUGGCAAUGCUCCCUCAAGGUCGUCUUCACCCUGUCCAGUGGGUCAGGAACGUGGGUCAUCUCCAGCCUGUGGCCAAGGUCAUCAGCCCGGUGCAUCCAGUUGUAGUGAGCCAAACUCUCCAACUAUACCUUCACAAACACCUCCCACAGAAAGUGCGUCUGAAGAGAAAUCCAGCAUUGGAACGCCGAAAAGAAAAGACGUCGAAAUGGAACAAGAAAGUCACAAGCGAGCUCGGAUCGGGAGAUCACCUCCCAGAGUCGCUGGUAGAAGCACAAAUGAUGUCAUGGAACAGCAUGAAUCGUGACUAUGAUAGUCAAGUUGUGCUAUUUAAUCUUGCAGUUAAGGUAAUUUUCUCAAGGACAUCAUUUUUUGGCUAGGCUACAAGAGCCACAGGAACGUACUUGUAAAUACCUUAAGCUGAGUCACUGGACCGUGACGCUCUAUAUCAGCUGAGAAGGACGAUGAAAGUCAGUAGUAAUCUGGAGGUAGAGCUGGUGCUUUAGUGAAAUUUUACGCCCGGCCACGUCAGUUACACUGUCCUGACGUUCGGGGAUCUGUUCUAAGUUAUGAGGUCGAUUAGAGAAUUCUCGAUUGAAUUGUAAAGGAAUCGUCACAGCAUAAAGCAUUACAGGAUCAGUUUUGUUUUCAAGUAUGAAUUCAAUCGAUCAGAUGAUCAGCGACUGAUAAGUCCAAUGAACGGGUUGAAUGGGCACCUACUUCGAAAACGCUCGAAUGGGAUUGACGAAUUACUGGCUAUGACUUGAAGCUACAGCGUAACUGAGAUUAUUUCAAUGAUAUCGAACCUUA